GUGCCGUCCUGGCCUCGGGGAAGCCCCGCCAGCUUGCUGCGGGCGCGCGCGCCAGAGCCCCCGCGGGCGCAGGUCGGGGUCUCCGAGGACGGGCGGCCUGGUCGGCGGGCUGGGCGGCGCGCCUCUCGAGGCGGCCCUCGGGGGAUUCGGCCGCCUCGGGCCGGGGGAGCCCGCCUUCGUCCAGUCCUCGUGGCUCGGCGUCUCGGGCCGCAGGACGGAGGCGCACCUCCUGGCGCCGGAGAGCCCAGGGUUUGCCUGGAGUGGGCGAGGAUCAGGGCCCUCGCCGAGACCCGCCCGCCCGCCGAGCACGAGGCCUUCCGCAAGCCCGCCGUGCGGCCGCCCCUGGGGUACUCCGUGGCGCCGUCGCCCCCCUGCUGGCACACGGCGGGCCGGGCGAGACCACGCGGCAGGCCGACUGCGGGGGGCUCCCUCGCCGCCACGGCCGGGCGCGGGCCGGAAAGCUGGCCGCGUUGGCCAUCUCGGGGGAGGGCGACGUGGGCUUCGGGGCUCUUUCUGGGCGGUCGGGCGGAGCGGCCGAGGCCCCACACGAGCGCCAGGCAGAGCUGCAAGCCGCCUCGGCUCGAGGCAGCGGGCAGCCACGCCCCCCCGCGGGCUGUCUGCCCAGGGUCGCAUCCCUCGGGCGGGCCUCGAUGAUGUCGCUGCAGGUCGAUCCAGAGGACGCCGCGAGGUCGGCGUCGUCCAGGAUACCCAUCGCGGAGUUCCCGCGGCUGCCAGACCGCGGGCAGGGCUUCUGGUCGGAGCCGUGGUUCGGGGCGUGCAUCGUCUCGGUGCUGAGCGCCGUUUUGGUGUCCAUCACGCAUGCCGUCAACUCCAGCCGCAUCUCCGAAGCCGGCCCGGAGGACGACACGACCCUCACCAAGACGCUGCUGGGGCUCAUCUGGGCCGAGGCCGUCACGGCCGUGCUCGCAACGCUGUACAUUGUGUUCGCUGGCGCCGGGGUGAUCAAGCGCAGCCCCGACACGUGCUACCCCAUGCCCGUUGAGGUAGAGGAGCGGCUGCGUAGACGAGAAACGACCGAGGGGAUGGAGAACAUCAAGGGCAACAGCCAGCGAGGCCUGCCAGACGGGACGUACUGCGUGCGGUGCCUGGUGUGGCGGCAGAAGGAUCGGGGACUACGUCGGGGUGGUGUGGUGCAUCCUGUCGUCCACCGUUCUCCCAGAGAAGCAGCGAAGGGUGUAUACACCAUGAUCCCGUAUACACCAGGAGAAGAAAGCCCACCACUGCAACACCUGCCAGAGGUGUGUCACAGGCCCACGGCCCGUGCGCUGCGCAGCUGUAUGCCUCUCGCGCUGCCCCUGCCCCUCGGGCAUACCCGCGUAUGCGGAUAUGCGAAGCAAUCAGCGCCGCGAUGCAGUCUGCACAGCUAAUCUGGCAAGGUUUCGACCACCACUGCGGCGUGUUCGGGCGAUGCAUUGUGCUCCUGCACCAGGGGUAGGUGGAUGUUCAUCCCUUCUGACACUUCCACGAUCAAUGCAUCUUGAGCAUGUUGCCUUUGGCUAGUUGCCGCUUGUUUCCACUGCCAUGUUGUCAAAGGGGCACUGCUGAGCGGGAUGGUUUGCCAAGGAGUCCCUUGCGGUACGGCAGUCAGGCACACUCAAGUAUUUGACAACAGGGGAGCGCGUUGUCGCCAGAGUUGUGCUGCCAUGGACGCAUUUGCUCUCGACUCCAAGCACUGGGCACACGUAUGCCCCAUCAUUGCGCGUCUUCCGACGGCAACCACACAUCGGGUGGCAUCUAUUUAGAGAUGCGCGUGCAUUCGUGGUAGAUCAGGUUGCGUCCGACUUGUACGGCGCAGGAGGGAAGUGGGGUGGUUAUGACGUCCAGAUUUUCUCCAAUCGGAUCAUGCUAUCAGUAUUGCCAUCAGUUUGAUUAUUCUCAGCGCUUGUAUUAGUAUUGGUAUUAUUCGCAUCCUUAUCUUUAUUCUGUUACUUCAGUUACGACUCGCCAUUCGUAUUGCCAUUGGCCAUAGUUGUAUUGUGAUCUCCGUUCCUGAUGCGGCGCUGACUUGUUUAGCAUUCCGCAGACAGUGUUUGCACCAAGGGGUUCUCAAUUCUUGGACAAUGAACUGGGCCUGUGGGCCGCUCUGGCCGCCAUGCGGCCGCCGUCGCCGCCUCGUCGCCCGCCCGCCCGCCCGCC